AUGGCGCCAUCAGAGCGCGGCGGCGGCGGCGGCGGGGGCGGCGCGAGCCGCGUGCGGGCCGCCCUGCGCCAGCGCUUCGGCUUCGAGGCCUUCAAGACCCCCCUGCAGGAAGGGGCGACGCUGGCGGUGGCGAAAGGCGAGAAGGAUGUCUUUGUGUGCAUGCCCACCGGGGCCGGGAAGUCCCUGUGCUACCAGCUGCCCGCUGUCCUCGCCGUGGGCAUCACCAUUGUCAUCUCGCCUCUGAUUGCCCUGAUUCAGGACCAAGUGGAUCACUUGCUGGCUCUGAAGAUCAAAGCCUGCUCUCUGAACUCCAAGCUUUCAGCCCAGGAAAAGAAGACCAUCCUGGCUGACCUAGCGAGUGAGAAGCCCCAAGUAAAGCUCCUGUACCUAACGCCAGAGAUGGCAGCUGCCUCCUCCUUUCAGCCCACGCUGAACUCCCUGGUGUCCCGAAACCUCUUGUCCUACCUGGUAAUCGAUGAAGCUCACUGUGUCUCUCAGUGGGGCCACGAUUUUCGACCUGAUUACCUGCGACUCGGCACCUUGCGCUCUCGCAUACCCAACACGCCAUGCGUUGCCCUGACUGCCACUGCCACCAAGCAGGUCCAGGAGGACAUUGUGGCGGCUCUUAAGCUCAAGCAGCCUCUUGCCACCUUUAAGACUCCAUGCUUCAGAUCUAACUUGUUCUACGAUGUGCAGUUCAAGGAGCUCCUGACUGAUCCAUAUGCAAACUUGAAGGAUUUCUGUCUGAAAGCACUGGAAGUGAAGAACAGCACUGGGGUAUACUCAGGCUGUGGCAUUGUGUACUGCAGAAUGAGGGACGUGUGUGACCAGCUGGCUAUYGAGCUGAGCUACCGAGGAGUGAAAGCCAAGGCUUAUCACGCAGGGCUCAAGGCAGCUGACAGGACUUCAGUCCAGAAUGAAUGGAUGGAGGAGAAGAUCCCAGUUAUUGUUGCAACCAUCAGUUUUGGAAUGGGUGUAGACAAGGCAAAUGUCAGAUUUGUUGCUCACUGGAAUAUUGCCAAGUCAAUGGCUGGAUAUUACCAAGAAUCUGGCAGAGCUGGGAGAGAUGGGAAGCCAUCCUGCUGCCGCCUCUAUUACUCUAGGAAUGACCGGGAUCAAGUCAGCUUCCUAAUCAAGAAAGAGCUCUCUMAAAUCCAGGAAAAGAAAGGCUCCUUGAAAGAGUCCGACAAAGCUGUGAUGACAGCCUUUGAUGCCAUAGUCAACUUCUGCGAGGAGCUGGGAUGUCGCCACGCUGCCAUAGCGAAGUACUUUGGGGACGUCACGCCACCCUGCAACAAGUGCUGCGACUACUGCAGGAACCCGGGCGCAGUGAAACGGCAGCUGGAGUCGCUGGAGCGCUGCAGCAGCAGCUGGAGCAAAACCUGCAUCGGCCCCACCGGCUCCUCCUGGGACACUUACGAUCCAGAGCUGUAYGAAGGAGGGAGAAGAGGCUGCAGAGGUUUUAGCAGGUACGACGAUGAGGAGAGCAGUGGGAAUUGGGAUGAAGCCAACGAAGAAAAUCGCAAACGAGAAUGGAACAACUUCUACAAGAAGCAAAUGAGUCUGCGCAAAGGCAAAGAACCAGAAAAGGAAGAUUUUGAUCCUCCAAGUGCAGACUGCCCUUUGAAGGAUGCCUCCAGCAGGAGAAUCUCUAAGCUCACAGUGAAGGGACGGGAACACUGCUUGAGGAUGCUGGAAGAAGCUUUGACCAAUAACCAGAAAGUUCCAGCAGCAACAGGAAAAUGGUCAGACCCUCACGCCUGUGCUGUGGAGCUGGAGUAUGAAGCUUUCCGAACCACUAAAAUGGCCAACUCCUACAAGGCAACCGUGUUAAAGAAGGUAGCAGAGAUCAACAAGGCUUCAAAAGAAGGAGAAGUAUUCUCAGGUUUUGGGUCAGGAACUGGUAGCUACAGCAGCUCAGAGGCAAAGUCUGGACAUCCAGCAGAAGAGGACUUCCUCCCUGCAUCUCAGGUUUAUUCGUUCAAACCCAAGCGCGUUGGAGCUGUGUUUCCAAAGAAAUCCAGCCUGUUCCAGACAGCUUCGGAACUGCUGAAGGUCAAGGAGGAGAGCAGUGCCAAACCUGAUGAAAAAGAUGAUGAUUGUCCAAAUGGGCAGGAGAACAGCACCUGCAACCUGGAACUGGACACCAAAAUCCCUGUUCUCCGGAAGAAGGAAAGAGCAACCAAUGCAUUGCAAGAGRGUGCUGCAGAAGAAGUACCCCUUCCUGAAAAGAAGGGACAGCAACCCAGUUCAGACACAAAAGCUUCCCUUGGGGAUAGCCCUCCUAAGAAGGUCAAACCUAGCAAGAAGCAGCAAAUGCUGGCAGAAGCAGCCAAAAAAGAAUCACAGGACAUCUCCAAGUUCUUCUCCCUCGGKAAAGCUGGAUCUAAAGUCACAAGUUGCAGCUCAGCAGAGGAAGACUGUUCUGCAAGGACACUACCUCAGGUUUCUUCUCCAAGCAUAUGUCGAGAGAAACUGGUAUCUCAGGAAAACAAAGAUGUCUCUGGAGAGAACGUGACUGGACAGUCCCUGACAGAAGAUAAAGAGUUGGAGGAUUUGGAAGGAUCACUGACUGAGAGAGAGGAGGACUCUAAGACCCAGCAAGCUGCUAAAUUUGAACUACUUCAAACAGAAACUGAUGACAAAUCCAGUGCUGUUGAAAGUGUCACAGAAGCUGAGCUAACUGCUGUUGGGGAAGGUCAGAAUGGGAAGAGAGCAGGAUCAGAUGAGGAUAUGGAAAGCCCUGCGACUAAGAGGCUACGGACAGCAGCAAAGUCUUCUAUUCUCUCCCAGCCAGAAAGCAGAAGUGUUGGUCCAGCAAAGAAGAAAGUAACUUUUGAUCCAAACAUAUCACAGUGCGACAAGGAAGGAACCAGCAAGACCCUCCAGCCAGUGACCAAAGGCAUGUCCCUCAAAGAGACUGCAGACAUCGUUGUCAAAUACUUGACGCCCUUCUACAAGGGUGGCAAAUUUGCUUCCAAGGAUCUGUUUAAGGGCUUUGCUCGGCACCUGUCCCACCUCCUGACUGAAGAGCAGAAUCCGGCCCGCAAGACUGUGAAGGAAGAAGCCCAGAGACUCAUCAAGGAAUUUUUCAAGACACGGGUCAGAUGCGAGAGCGAGAUGGACUGGCAGGAGCUGCAGAGCUCGGAAGGAUAAUCUUGGCAUCGUGGUGGCUCUUUCCCUUCCUGGAGCAGGUGGGACCAGGGGAUCUUGCUGAACUUGGCCAAGGAGAGUUCUGGGAAAAUGCAGCAGGGAGCUUUGUCCUUCCCCUGCAUUUUUGUUCUCUUCUGUCUGCAGUGUCACCUUAGUGACACACGUGUUCAGGAAACCACUUUCUGUGAACUCAGAGCGUUUCUCUGCUAACCAGGGCCCUGAAGCCCUCCAGCACAUCUCACCAGGACGUGCGGAGUCUGCAGCUGCUGGCUAGGUUAGGGGCUGCUGCCUCAGGUGUUCUGUAGUGCCUCCAACCUCUGCUCCCUGCAGCCAUCUGGGAAGGACUCGCGUUUUCCAGCUGGGAGGCUGCGUUGGGAUAACAUCCUCUUGCUCCCUAGGUAGCUGCUCCCUUUGCUCCCCCUUUUCUUAUGUUCUUAUUUCAGUGUUACCAGUAGAAGCCUUAUGCUGCAACCCCCUUCUGCUUUGCUCAGGGCCUCCAAGGAGGGAGCUGGUUGAAUUCCUGGAUGGAACAUUUUCCCUCGGAGGGCAGUGUUUUGGUUUUACCCUGUGAGCACUGCCUAGAGAAGCUCAGAUUCUUCUUGUUUUAAUCCUAACUUUGUUUUAACUGCACCCAGUUCUGCCUGCCCUCCAAUUUAAGUGCUGAUGCCUCUCAGUGUUAACCUCUCUAACAGUGGCACCAAGGUUGCUGACACCUUUCCAGCAGUCACUUGUGACCCCCUAAAGCCAUAUCUCUUCCCUGUGCCUCGCUCACAGCAUCCAGGACAGAGGGCAACACUGCUGAUACAAGGGGUUAACAUAGCACUGUGGCCCUCAAACUGAUGCUGUGCUGCCUCUGCUGCUAUAUUUAUGUAAGGACCUGACUCUUUAAAGAACCUGAUGCCCAGGCACAAGUCCUUUCUGUUGGGUUUUUGUUGGGUUUCUGCCUUUGUUCUGUGCCUGCAAGAGGAUGGUGGCCUCAGGUACUAGUGCUGCUA